AUGUCUAGCAAUAGAAAAUACAUUGUUUUGGGAGUUGGUCUAGUAAUCUCUUGCAUAAUUUUCGGAUUGUUUUUUAUUAAAAAAUUCACUGCAGCAUCCUCUGAAGAACCCUCUGAGGAUUCCUCUGCAGCGUCCUCUAUAGCAUCCUCUGCAGAAUUCUCUGCAGCAUUCGUUAGAGAACUUUCUGCAGCAUCCUCUAAAGAACCCUCUGCAGCGUCCUUUUUAGCAUUUUCUGAAGAACCCUUUGCAAUGACGUCUGCAACACCCUAUGCAGCACCCUCUGCAAUUACCUUUGCAACACCCUAUGCAGCACCCUAUGCAGCACCCUCUGCAGUAUCCUCUGAAGAAUCCUCUGCAGUAUCCUUUUUAGCAUUUUCUGAAGAACCCUUUGCAAUGACGUCUGUAAUAACCUCUGCAACACCCUUUGCAAUGACGUCUGUAAUAACCUCUGCAACACCCUUUGCAAUGACGUCUGUAAUAACCUCUGCAACACCCUAUGCAGCAUCCUCUGCAGUAUCCUCUGCAGUAUCCUCUGAAAAACCCUUUGCAACACCCUUUGCAGUAUCCUUUGAAGAAUCCUCUGAAGAAUCCUCUGCAGUAUCCUCUACAGUAUCCUCUACAGUAUCCUCUAAAGAACUUUCUGCACCACCCACAGCAACAAUCUUUGAACUUGUUUUAGCACCCUCUGAAGAACCCUCUGCAGCAACCUCUGAAGAAUCCUCUGAAAAACCUUCUGAAGAACUCUCUGCAACACUCUAUGAAGAAUUCUCAGUAACACCCUCUGAAGAUCCCUCUACAGCGCUUUUUAAAGCUCCCUUUUUGGAUUUAAAAAAUAGUUUGGUAUUAGAAUCUUUUGGAAGCUGGAGCUUAGAUGUUUCAACUGCAUACGAUGAAUUUAUUAGGGCAAACGAGAAAAAUAAAAAGCUAUCUAAAGAAGAUUUUGCUAUCAUUUUGAAUAGCUUAUACUUUGCUGUUAAAGAUAGAUUUUUUUUUCUUCGAGAAAAUAUUAUUGAAUUAAUUAAAUUCUCGGGUAAUUUUUUGAAAUCUGGCUAUGUAGAGUCAGCUAAAAAGAUUGAGAGAGAUCUUAAAAAAUUUAUAAAUAUACAAAACCAGUUUUAUGAUUUUUUUAAGGAUCUUUUUGAAGAAAAUAAUAACUUUCAAAAAUUUUUAGAUCCUCAAUAUCACCUUUUUGAAUUUAAUAUAGAAGAUGGAAAGAUUAUAUUAGACAAAGAAGAAAUAUCGAUAAUAAAGACUUUUGGAGAAUAUUUAAAAAAUCUAGAAAAUUAUAAAUUUUUAAUAAGUGAGCAAAACAGAGAUAAGAUCUUUGAAAAAACAUUUAGUACAAAUUUAGGAAAUAUUUCUGGAGCUGAGCUUAUGGCUGUUAAGCUUUAUGUUUUUUUAAUACAUAAGUAUUCAAAGUAA